AUGAGGGUGCUGGAGGCGAUCCGGGAAUCCAUUCCACAUGUGGGCUGGUACGACAAGAAGCGGCACUUGACUUGGUGCUCCGGCAAGGAGCAUGCGUCUCUGCGGAAGGACGCCAGGCUGAAGCACACGUUGGUUGAGCAUGUCAGGGGCUGGCUGGCUUCCCAACCGGACCCACCCUUCUCCUUGAUUAAGUCAUGGGCCGCGCAUGCGGGUGUUACUCCUGCCGCCAUUGUCGAUGUCAUCAUGAUUGUCGAAUCGUCGCAGGCACCUGGAGGGUACUGA